AUGCCGCCUCUACCAAAAGCUCUUCUCAUCCUAGCUCUGCUGUCAACGAUUUUAGUCGUUUCCGCUGCACCGGCUACGGGCGGGAAAGUUGCAUCGAAAGGUUCGAGUCUCAAAACACAUGCAAAAUCAUUGUCGGACAAGAAGAAAUCGUUGCGGAGGGGCAAACGACAGGUUGCGUUUGCGGAUGUUGGAGGCGACGAUGCCACAGAGGAGGCGCUUAUUCGGCAGCAACUUUCUCAGCUGUCAGACAGCGAGCUUGCCGCUUUGGCAAAUAUAGUGAGAGGCGAGAUGGAUCGUUAUGUGGAGCCGGAAUUCGUUGCCGUUCCACAAUACGAAAUAAUAGAGAUUCCGGACGAAUAUUUAGAAGAGGCGGCAGUAAUGGAACCAUUUCCAAGAGACCGAAGAUCGAUGCCGACAGAUUGGGCCACAGUUGCAGCUGCGGCUGCUGAGGAACAAGAGAUGAACGAGCCGGGGUAUAUCGUGCUUCCCGAAGAAGCGGUAAUAGAGGCGUUGGAAGAAGAGCAGGAUGAACAGGAGCUGAGGGAUCGAAUCGCUGAAAUUGCGCAGAUCCUUAACGAACGUGCUACAAGACGAUCUCGACUGCUUUGA